AUGCUACCAUAUCCUGAGAGUUCAGAUUCAGAAUCUGAAAACGAAUCUAACAAUUCUGAAGAUGUUAGUGAUGAAGAUAAUGAUGACGAAAAUGAAGAUAAUGCUGAUGAAAAUGACGACGCUGAUGAUGAAAACGAUGUUCAAGAAAUUGUUGAAAAAUUGUUAUCGUACCAUGAAGUUAAAAAAAGUUACUCUAACACUCAGAAACGUUUGCAAGAAGAUCAUGUAUACGAUUGGACAGAUGGAGAGAAAAAGUAUGAUGAAAUUCCAUCUAAUAAAUAUUUGUUAAAAGAUAAAGAUCGUAAAAUGAUUGCUAAUAGUACCCCUGUUGAAUUAUUUGAAAUGUUCUUUUGUAAAAAUAUAAAAGAAUAUAUCAUUGAAGCUUCAAAAUUUAACGGUUUAGAUAUAACAAUAGAAGAACUAAAUAAAUUUGUUGCCAUUAUUAUUCUUUCUGCGUUCAACAAAAGAAUAUCUGAAAAAGAUUAUUGGUCCAAAAAUGAGUUACUCGAGUCCCCAGUAGUUAGAUCAUUGAUGUCGUUGAAAAAGUUUUUGAAAAUCAAAUCAAAAAUCAAAUGCUCCAAACCUACAGAUAAAAAUAAAAAAGAUCGUGCUUGGAGAGUUAGAGCUAUAUUAGAAAUUUUUAGGAAAACUAUAAAACAGUUUGGUUUUUUUCAGACAGGACGAAAUGAUAAUUAA